UGUGGGGCGCCGACGCCCGGCACACAUGGACCAAGAGGAGAUCGCUCGCAAGAUCAAGCGAGCCAAGGAGCUCGCGGAGCGGCUUUCGGGUAAGCUCGACUCCUUUCUCGCGUCGCUCGGCGCACCACCCGUGUCAUCGGCUGGCGGCGGCGAUGCCGGCGGCAGCAGCCUCGUUCCCUCGCUCGGCACCGCAACCGGCCCAUCGCUCGCUGCCGCGCAGGCCGCGGCGGCGGCCAUCUCCGCCAGCCUGAGCGCGCGCGCCGGCACCGGCGCGAGGACCGGGUGGGAUGUGCAGCCCUCCGCUCUCGACACCGCCCUGGCAUUUGCCGACUCGCUCCAGACGUCGGCGCCUCCGCGUCUGCCGGCGCCGCGCCACCCGGCACCUGUGCACCGGACGCUGGACGAGCUGCUCCAGCGCGACCGCGACCGCAUCGCCGCCGCCGACGCGCGCAACCUCGCCUACCAGCGCGGCAACGCGCACCCGGGCGCCUGCUCCGUGUACGUUACCGGCGUGCCCCCCGACGCAACCGGCCCGGAGCUGGAGGAGCACUUCAGCGUCAUCUCGCCGGUCGCGCGCGUCAAGAUGUACCGCCACCCGACGACGAACGAGCCGAAGGGCGACGCUCUCGACGCCGCCGUCAUGGGCGCCGUCCAGCUGCUGCACCGAAAGAUGCUCCGGCCUGGCAUCGCCCUCUGCGUCUCCAAGGCGGUUGAGCGGAUCGGAGUCUACGCGGGGCACGGGGGCGGGGGCGGGCUUGGCUACGGGCGCGGCGACGGAGGUCUGCACGAGCUCGAGACGCGGGCCGCGGUCCGCUUCCAGUCGCUCGAGGCGGCCGCGGCGGCGCUGGACGCGCUCGACGGCCGCCACUUCGACACGCGGCCGCUGCGGGCGGCUUUCGACGACGGCACCUACGCGGCGCGGCUGGACGGGUCGGAAGACACCGAGCGGCAGACGCGCUUCGGCUUUGGAGACGCGGCGGCCGCGUACCAAGACUCGCUGCGUGUGCUGCGGCUCGCGGCGGCAGAGGGCGAGCCGAGUCGAGUGUGUGAGCCGAGCCCACCCGGCGCCGAGGUCGGAGCGGAGGCUGGCCCGAGGGUAGGCGCGCCGAGCAUCGUCUGCGACCGCCCGCUCGGCACGCUGCCGCACUACGACUACCUCCGCCCCGAGGCGGCGCCGGACGGCGGCUACUACCGGCGGCACGACGCCCCGCCCCCGUCGCCGCUCGACGUGUCGCGCGCCAUACUGCAGCGCGCGUCGGACGCGGGCGCGCCGUUUGUGACGUGCGCCGAGUUUGUCGGCCCCGUGCCGCACUACGAUUGGCGGCCCGACGGCCCCGACGUGCUGCGCGAGGCGGCGGCGGCGGGCGCCGAGUUUGUGCUCUGCCCGGAGCAUCGGGCGAGCGCGGCGGGCGCCGAGUUUGUCGCGUGCCCGGAGCGCGUGAUGGACCUGCCCGGCUACGAGUUCCGGCUGGUUGGGUCGGAGGGCGUGGGCUACUACAAGGUGGAGGCGGAGGCGGAGGAUGCGCCGGACUACAACGACUUUAUGGCGACGAUGAAGGAGCUGGGCGCGGUGAGCUAGCGCCGCCGACACCUGGACUUCACCGCACUCUCGCUCGCGUGUUGUGUUACGGCUAAAAAUACGCGCGCUAACAGCCUCUAGCCGCGCUGAAUUCC